UAAUAUAGAAGCUCUAAAGACUGAACCCCGCAUGCUUCCGCCCUGACCCACACCACAUCCACGGCCGGCGGAUCCUCAGCUCAGCUGCUCCGCCACGCCGCGCUCCACGGCCUCCAGGUUCUCCUGAUGGAGCCGUCGGAUACUAGCCCAGCCGUCACCACCAUCGACUCCCUCAAGGACGACAACAUCGAGGACGUCCUGCUGCGCCUCCCGUCGCCGGCCUCCCUCGCUCGAGCCGCGCUCGCCUCACGCCGCUGGCGCGGCAUCGCCUCAAGCUCCCCCUUCCUGCGCCGCUUUCGCGAGCUCCACCACCGGUCACCCAUCCUCGGCCUCUUCGCCUCCCAGCCGGACCUCCAGCAGCUCCCCAUCUUCCACCCCGCGGCCGCCGUCCGCUCCGACCCGGACCUCGCAGCCGCCGCGCGUGGGGGCGACUUCCUGCUCACCCGCCUCGAGGACGACCCGGCGUGGCGCUUCCGGGACUGUCGCAACGGCCGCCUCCUCCUCCGCAGAGGCCACUCCCUUUCCCUCUACGACCCCGUCUCCCACCGGCAAGUCCGCGUGCCCCGUCCACCGAAGGACGAGCCCUUCCCUGCAGCUGGAGCAGCGGAGUACUUAUGGGACUGCUUGCUGGACGGCCAUGGAGAAUUCCGCGUGGUCACCGUGCAGCGAGACGGCCAAAGGUUGCGCGCCAUGGAGUACGCCUCCCGCACAGCCGAGUGGCGCAUCCACCCGUGGGCGGACGGCAUCCACAUGCCUGCGCAUGCGCAGAGCAUGCGACCGAUGCUCGCUGCCGCGGCCGGGCUCAUCUUUUGGAGAUAUGACCGGAACUCCUCGCUCCUGCUCGAUACAAGCACCAUGGCAUUCUCCUUCUCCAUCGUCCCUCUCCCAGUUACAAUAGCGACGCACACGAUGAUGCCGCCGGGAGCAUACGCCAUCGGAGACACCGAGGCCGGUGUGUGUUGCCUUUUGCUUAUGGUCGGCAGGACUACGCUGCAAGUCUGGCUACUCAAGAAGAAGGACGGCGGCGGCGGGCAUGCGUGGGAGUUGGAGAAGCAAAGCCAUAUAGGCUGGCUGGACAGCUUCAACCGGCGGUUUGGUGUCCAUAUGGUGGCUGCUGGGCUCGCAAUUGUUUACUGCAUGAGUUGCAAGUAUUCUCACUUUGUCAUUGAUCUCAAGGACCUGAGCCUCAAGGAUAAGUUCCGUUGUCAUCGUACCAUGGCGUACCCUUUCCAAAUGCCAUGGCCACCUGCUGCGUUGGUGCCUACUUCUCCGUGCGAACGGCCCACCACACCCCAAACAUAUGCAUGCCGAGAUGCUGAAAAUCAACACGAAGCACCUUCUUCUAGUAGGAAGCGCAAGAGCAAUGAUGAAAUGGAGCCAUGUAUUUCCCCAGCUUCUUUGAAGAAUGAAUUCAUCAGAUAAGAAAUUGUGCUAUGAGAUUGGACCGCCGACUUGAAUAUAAAGAAGGCGAUCAACAAUUGCACCUUUAAACCCCUUGUGAGCAAAAUAUUCCCCGUUUAUCCUUCAUAUGUGCAAGUUGAAAAUACGAUAAACUUUGUACUUAGGAAGAGAUUUCUAUUGACAAGCAUAUAUCCAGAGUCAAAAUAUCAAAUAAUGAUUUUUUUACUGAAAAUAUGUAUGUGCAUGGUAGAAAAGAUUAUAAGAAACACAACCUAUAUAUCAACUUCUAGACAAUCAUUCAUACGUAGUUCCUAAAUAAAUAUGCACAGAAAGUAAGUUAGGCCAAUUUGAUAGUACUCCCUCUGUUCACUUUUAUAAGACACUCUAGACAUUUCAGACAGCUUGUAAAACAGCUCAAUUUCAGUUGUCUGAAACGACUUAUAAAAGUGAACAGAGGAGUAGCAUUUUACUUGUAUAUGCACUGAAUGAAUUCCUCAUGGAACCUACAUCGCAACAUCAGCCAUCUUUGUCUUCUACCGCACUCAUGAUGUUUUGCUACUAUGUUGUUAACAGCACUACUGGGUGUUGAGAUACAACUGAUUGAGUUGGGAGGGAGCUUCAAAUCUGCCUAGCCCUCGUUUUGAUGACCACAACAAAGACCAGCUGUUGUUUCUUGAUCUCCCGUUUCUGUUUGGUUUUUAUAUUUCUGAAUUAUUGUAAUGCAUUAGUUUGUAAGAUGGCUUGUAGUUCUAAAGAUUAUAUUGGGGUGUUAUCAGAUUCGUAAGAACGUUAUAAACUGUUAUUGUGGGUCAUGUAGUUGUAAGUUAUAUCAGGAAUUCAAUGUUCUCGUAACCUCCUCGGCCUAGACCAGUGAUGGUCUUGGACCUGAAUUCAAUGUAGUUGUUGUUUCUUGAUC